AUGAGAUUCACAUUGAUCACCCUUGUUGCCUCGCUCAGCGCUUCAGCUGUUCAUAGUUCUAUGAUUGGAUCCGGAUCACUUGCGACGCGUGCCAGCCAGAAACCCAUGUCUGAUGCGCUCAACCACACCUCUGGAAACGGUAGCUCGAUCGGAACCCCUACCAACAGCAGCUCAGUUGGAGGCAGCAAGAAACCUAAGCCUGAUCACAAGACUUCUUCAGGAAACGGUAGCUCGAUUGGAUCCAGCACGAAUGCUACCUCAGGUAACAAUGGUACUGACAGUAGCCCAGAUCCGGAUGACGAUUUAACUGGAUCAUCCAACUCUACUGGUAACGGCACAUCCAACCCUCUCUUAGGUCCUUUACCAAAGAACGCAACUAUUGAUGAGAGAAUCACAAGACUCGAAGCCAAGUUAGCAGAACAUAAGCAAAAGCUUCAACGUGCAGAAAGUAAAUUAGUCAUUGAGAAAGAAAAGCUCGUAAAGCUUGGUGGUGGUAAUCAUACUACAAAUGCUUCAGCUCCUAUUGUAUCUCCUCCCAUCAUGAAGCACAACAGCACCGGCACUGGAAAUAGCUCAAUGCCCAUUGGACCUCAUAUCUGGACCAAAUCCAACAUGUCAGGAUCGAACACAACACCAUCAAAGAAGAACUCAACCCAGUAG